GGGGGUGGGGCUGCGUCGGCUUCUUCCCAACGCGGCUGAAAGGAUUUGCGUAGCCGGCCUUGUUGUCCCUUACAGCGCCCAGUGAGCGGCCUGGCCACAACUUCCCUCGCCAAGCCGCGCAAAAGGAGUUGCUCCUGGCUCUCGUCGGUUCCCCAGGUUCGCCUUCCUUCCCUUCCCGAAGCUGGGCCUUUACGUCCACCACCGCUGAGUCUGCGACUGCCGGAUUCGAGUGUCCGGAAAGUAACCGGAAGUGCUGUUCCCAGGCCUAGGGGCGGCGCCGGCGGCUGUCGGGGAAAGGGAAGAAUUGAAUAUUGUGAAUAGUUCUCGACUAGACACCUUUUGGAGCCAAAAGGAAGGCAGUCUUGAGUCUUUCUUGUUAUGAACGCUAUUCUUCUUGAGAAAUCAAAUUCUCACAACCAGGAAGUGAAUGUUUUCUUCCAUUUGGAUUCUAGGGUUGGAAAUACCAAGUAAGGAAUUAGUGUAUGUGAUGCUGGAAACAUACAGAGGCUCAUGACUGAAAGGCCUGAAACAGAUGUAUCUUCUAAGUUCUUAUCAAGAAAAUGACUAUGAAAGCAAUAAUGGAUCAAGAAGACCAGUGGAAAACUCCUUAGGAGAGAGCCAUAGAAAAUGUACACUUCAGAAGAGAGAUGUAAUCAGAGAACUCAAAAAAGGAAACUAUAUCAUGUAUGCCCUCAGAAGGGUAAAAAGAUUUUUAUUCGUGUGCAUGAGAUUACUCAAAUAGAUGAUCAUAUAUACCAGUGCCUUGAAUGCGAGCAAAACUUCUGUGAAAACUUAGCUCUUAUUAUGUGUGAGAGAACCCACACUGGGGAGAAACCUUAUAGAUGUGAUAUGUGUGAGAAAACCUUUGUCCAAAGCUCAGAUCUUAUUUCACACCAGAGGAUCCACAAUUAUGAGAAACCUUAUAAAUGUAGCAAGUGUGAGAAGAGCUUUUGGCACCACUUAGCCCUUUCAGGACACCAGAGAACACAUGCAGGUAAAAAAUUCUAUACAUGUGACGUUUGUGGCAAGAAUUUCGGUCAGAGUUCUGAUCUGCUUGUCCACCAGCGAAGCCAUACAGGCGAGAAACCGUAUCUAUGUAGUGAGUGUGAUAAAUGCUUUAGUAGAAGUACAAACCUCAUAAGGCACAGAAGAACUCACACAGGUGAGAAACCAUUCAAGUGUCUGGAGUGUGAAAAAGCUUUUAGUGGGAAAUCAGAUCUUAUUAGCCACCAGAGAACUCACACUGGUGAAAGGCCCUACAAAUGUAAUAAGUGUGAGAAAAGUUACCGACACCGUUCAGCCUUCAUUGUACAUAAAAGAGUUCAUACUGGGGAGAAGCCCUAUAAAUGUGGUGCCUGUGAGAAAUGCUUUGGCCAGAAAUCAGACCUUAUUGUACACCAGAGAGUGCACACAGGUGAGAAGCCGUAUAAAUGCUUGGAAUGUAUGAGAAGUUUUACUCGGAGCGCCAACCUAAUUAGGCAUCAGGCAACUCACACUCACACUUUUAAAUGCCUUGAAUAUGAGAAAAGUUUCAACUGUAGCUCAGACCUUAUAGUGCAUCAGAGAAUUCACAUGGAAGAGAAGCCACACCAAUGGUCUACAUGUGAGAGUGGCUUCCUCCUAGGUAUGGACUUUGUUGCACAACAGAAAAUGAGAACUCAGACAGAAGAGCUACAUUAUAAAUACAGUGUAUGUGAUAAGAGCUUCCACCAGAGAUCAGCCCUUCUUCAACAUCAGACGGUACACAUUGGUGAAAAACCAUAUAUCUGUAAUAUGGGUGAGAAAGGUCUUGAGCUCAGUCCUCCCCAUGCAUCAGAAGCCUCACAGAUGUCUUAACCAGACAAGUUAUAAUACCAUAAAAAUGUAUUUACGUGUCAGAGAACUCAUUAAGGUGAAGAACCCUAGGCAAAUCUCAGACUUUCCAGAGCUCAGAAUUCAGUGAGGACCAGAAAGCCUGCAAUUGUAGGAAAUAUGAGAAAUGCUUUGCCCAGAGAGCUGCCCUAACAGAAUACCUUAUCAGUCACUCCAAUGAGAAACUCUACAGAUACCUGGAGUUUUGGAAAACCUUCAGUCUGAGCUCAAAUUUUAUCACUCAUAAGAGGAUUCAUACAGGUCAGAAACCUUACAAAUGCAGUGAGUAUGAGAGAGUUUUCUAGCAAAGCUCAGCCCUCCUCGUUGUAAGAGAAUUCACACCGGAGAACAACUUUUAAAAUGCCUUCAGUGUCAACAGUGCUUCAGACAGUAUGCACAUCUCGUUGGACUUUAAGAAAACCCACCUUGGGGAAAAACCCCAGCAAGUGUGAAAAAGGCUUCUAACAGAACUCUGACUUCCUACCCAUCAGAGAAGCCAUACUGGUAAAAAAUUGUAUAUUUGUCUCAAGUGUGACAAAAGCAUUAGUUGGAGAGCCUUACUUGCAUUUGUACCCCCUCAAAGAAAAAGAACCACAAAAUAUGAGAAAAGACUUUCAACAAGUGUCUAAAUGAGAAAAACUUGUCAAUGAUCAGCUCUUGUGGUACAUCAGGGAACUCACAUAAGUGAAAAACCCCCUAAAUACCUUGAGUCUGAAAAAAACUUUGCUAGAAGCUCCUAUCUUACUGGGCCCCAAAGAACCCGUUCUGCUGAGAUUUUGCUCCAGUGAGAGAUUCAGUUGUGGGUGAGAAUCUGUGUACGUAUAAUAUGUAUGAGAACUGUUCUCAUAGUUGACCCAUAUAGUAGAGAUGACUUUAAAUGGAAUCAGUAUGGAAAUAGUUUUUGUAGAUACCCAGAAGCUUGUUCUGGGAGGAGCUAAGGCAGGUCAGAGUAGACCUGAUGGGUAACUCAGGUAAAGAUGCUUUUCUUUUAUCUGAACCACUUAGUGAUUGCUUUACUUUUACUAUUUUAAAUUCAGAAAUCCAAUAAAGGAAAGGACUGUAACCUUGUGGUAGAAGGUGUGACAUGUGUACUGUUGGGGGAAAGGAGUAUAUUGCCUGUGUUGAUUUUUUUAUCCUUUGCUAGAAUGGUACUAGUAUGUCGAUAGUAACAUGGGAAUCUUGCUGGCAGUGAAAAGAACUAAGAAGCGAGGGUAGUUAUGCUAGAUCAAAACUUUCCCAAUAGUUUGCCUUUGCAGGACCAACCACAUAAAAAGGCAGAAUACUCAGCUUUUUACUUAGUGUGAGUUGAGGCAUACCCUCAAACGUUUCCUUUUCCCUAAAGUAUCUUUCAGGUUGUCACUGAUAUUUGAAAUUUCUAUUUUAGAGAUUUUUUUCAACUCAAAAUGCAAAUUCCAGGAUAAUGGUAUUUAUAAUGUUGUCAGUAUCCAUAUUUUUGUGACUUCACUUACCAUCCUUUUCAAUGAUAGACACCCAUAGUCAGCUCCUAGCAGAAUGGCUAGGGAAAGACUGAAAGAAAGUUUAAGCCUGAGUGGGCACUGUAAAAAAAAACACGUAAUGAUGCACUAUUAAUAGAGGAACAAGACUUUUUUUUUUAUUUUGAGUAACUUCAAACCUGGUGUUCUUUUCACUCCAUUAUCCUGCUAUUUAUAGCAGUUCAAGCCCCAUAAUGAUACAUCUUUCAUUUAUUUCAGUUCUGCCAAGGAAAGAGAGAAUACCUUUUAAUCACAGGGAAAGGAUUGCCAUCACCACAAUAUAAGGUAUAUAUUUGGCUUGGAAUGCAGGACUCUAAAUGCUAGAAGGGAAAAGUAGUUGGCAGAGUCAUCAGAAGUUUAGAUAAGCACUUGUCUCCAGUUUAACAGCAUAAUUAUGAUUGUCUUUAACAUUCUCUAGAAAUAUUAUAAUUAAUCCAGAGAUCUGUCAGUGGUCACUUCUCAGUUUUUUUUCUUCCCUCAGAUUAAAAGACAUUUGCUACAGAUACUUUAGAUUCCUCCAGUAUUUGGAACUCUGUAGACUGGUGAAUAAAUAUUUUGUUGCUAGUGUGAGUUCUCUGGUUUGGGUUUCAUUUAUUCUAGCAGAUCCCUAAACUCCAGAGAGUAUUGGCAUUUGGAUUCAUGGAGUUGGCCAGCUGCUACACUGCUACCUUGUGUAUGUCUCUAAGCUUUGAUCCUAAUAACUCAUUAAUGAUCAUGAUAAUCUUAGGGCCUGUGACUGUUAGCUCAUAGUGAUAAUAAGGAAUCUGAUUGUAGGAUAUUUUUUUCUUUUUUCCUUUAGAAAACAGAUCCUGGAAGUUUAUUUGAUCUGAUAUGUUUCAGUAAUUUUUAUAAAUAGCUCUUGUACCAUGAAAAGUUGCCCAGUAUGAUAAAACACACAAGAUGUAUUUUUUUCUCUUUGGUGAGAAUCAUGCCUAUCACUAGUAUAUGUUUGACAGUUUUAAUACUUAAAAUAGUAUGGGGUGUAAGGCAUGGUGGUGAUGAAAAUUAGUCCUGUGACUACUUGUUAAUCAUUAGAGAAAACUUGGAGAAGGGGACAAAGUUGGUAUCAUUAGCAGGGCAAUGACUUGCCCCUUCUUUCAACUAAUCUUAUUGGUAAUUGUUUCUAGUCUUUAAGUAAAUUAAUGAAGGACCAUCCCUCAAACAGAACUUUGGGGGUAUAAAAUAGGUCUGAGAGCUUUUAACCAUGGGAGAAAAAGGUGUUGGUAUUAUUCAUAUAGCAUGACCUGAGGUUGGAGAGGACCACUUGGGAGCCUGUAACCAAAACUAGAAGGUAACUUCUGGGAUGGAUGGAGGUUCCCUUUAAGCAGUGCCAACCUAAAUCUACCUCAGGUAAGUAGUUAGAGUUAACUUUUUCAAGAUUUCAGACCAAACGAGACAACUUGUAUUCAGUUGAUGUAUUCCUGUACUUUAAUGUUUUUGUUUGCCCUUAAUUCUUAAAUAAACAUUUAUUCUGAAAAA